UCCCCAAAAAUUCCCGCCGAUGGAGGGGGAGGGCCGGCAGCAGGGACCUGGGCCCCGGCCAGCUGCGACCUGGCUCUCGCCGCUGCCCGUCCAGCAGGGGUGUGUUAGGGGAGCCCUCUCCGACCCGCGACAUGGUUAUCAAAGUGUUUGUGGCCACAUCUUCUGGGUCCAUAGCGAUUAGGAAGAAACAGCAGGAAGUGGUGGGCUUUUUGGAAGCUAACAAAAUCGACUUUAAGGAACUGGAUAUAGCUGGGGAUGAAGACAACAGGCGGUGGAUGAGAGAGAAUGUUCCCGGAGAGAAGAAGCCGCAGAAUGGGAUCCCUCUCCCUCCUCAGAUCUUCAACGAAGAGCAGUACUGUGGGGAUUUUGACUCUUUCUUCUCUGCCAAAGAAGAGAAUAUUAUUUAUUCGUUCCUUGGUUUGGCUCCCCCUCCAGGCUCAAAGGUGGCAAAGUCACCUGAGGAAGCAUCUUCCCUUCCCAAUGGUGAUGUAGCAGGAGAAGCAGAGAGCAGCGCCGAGGGAACAGAGAAGGCUGAAGAAACUGGGGAGAAUGAGGUACAGAAGGAGAGCAGUGAAGAAGUGGGUGACCUCCCCGAGUCCCAGGAGAAAAGCGAAGAAGAGGGAGAGAGAGCAGCAGAAGAGAAGGAGGACGUCGGGGAGGAGGCGGCAGAGGAGGAGGCCGGCCUGGGAGAAGAGGAGCCCGGGGACCAGGCGGAGGACUCGUAGGCUCCGCGGCCCUGCAGCCCUCACAGAAUCAUGAAGCAACAUUUCAAGCCAUGAAGCAACAUUUCAAGCCAUGAAGCAACAUUUCAAAUCAGGAAACAACAUUUCAAAUGUUUCCCUAGAAACUCAGUGAAAUACUUUGCCUUGAAGCGCACACAGCUCUUAGUGCAUUGGGAGUUCCCCAAGAAUGUGCACUAUCAGGUGUGGUUAGAUGUACACAGAUAGCUACUUAAUCAUAUCGAUAUGAGGUUAAAUGUGAAGACAGUAUAUGCAUAUCUUCAUGUGCCUGGCACUCUUGGCCUUUGCUUUUUUUUUUUUUUGCUCUGCAUGCAUAGACAUUAUUAGUACCUUGAAUCGAAGAGCUCAAGGAAUAGAACUCUUUGUGAUACAGCAAAAGCAUUUCCAUACAGCAGAUUUCUUCCUGUGUGCCUUACACUACUUGCCUUAGGCUUAGCUUUGAAAAUGAGGUGCUUCCCAGAAAACAAUCAUAUAAAUAAAGAUUAAUAGCAAAUA